AUGUUCAAAUACGCCGUUCUCAUCUGCGCCCUGAUCGCCUGUGCGGCUGCCAAGCCAGGAUUGCUUCACUCUCCUCUGGCAGCUCUUCCCGCUCCGGUGAUUGCUGCUCCCGCUCCUGUGGUCACUGCCGCCAGCAGCCAAGUCGUAGCCAGGACCUUCAAUGGCAUUGCCGCUGCUCCAGUGAUCGCCCAAGUUCCGGUGGCUCCUGCUCCAGUGCUGAGGACCCUAGCCGCUCCCCUAGCAGCUUCAUUCCGCGCUCCAGCUCCCGUUGCAUUCGCCGCUCCAUUGGCCGCUCCGUUGGCCGCUCCAUUGGCUGCUCCGUUGGCCGCUCCUCUUCCCGCUCCAGUGGCUGCUCCAAUCCUCAACAGAGUGGCUCCAUUUGGUGCCCCCAUUGCCACCCCCUUCGCUGCUCCGUACGCCCAUCCCUAUGCUGCGCCCGUUUUGGCCAAAUACGCUGCUCCACUGACUUACGCCCCAGCACCUUUGAACUAUGCCGCGCCCGCUUUGUGGUAG